AUGCACCAAAUCCUCCCAGCCGGACUUCCGCCUUGCCAACUCAGCCAGGAAGGCAGCUACUCCGUUCGCUUGGAUCCGCCCGGUCUAAGCGGAAUCCUGGGCGAGUACAAACGCUGCUCUGAGACGGUACAGCGGAUUAUCGAUGAUCUGAGGCACAAACGUGACGGUCAAGUGGACGCAUAUCUGAGAAUGCGGACACCAACUCUUUGGCUUGGAUUUUUCAACGAUUUAUUCUUCAAUCUCUUUGGUAUGCCGUGGAUCCUCAUCCCCUCAACUGAAAUGACUAAACCCCUACACACCCUCAUCUGGCAGACGACCAUGUAUGAGAAAGUGUUUUUCUUUUGUGAGGAUCAUCAAAGAGAAUGGACUUCGGAGAAGGGAUCUGUCGACUUUCAGCUCUAUCUAACUCCAACCAAUUUCCAGCUCCACUUUAAGUUGUCUACUCAGAAAUGUCACGAUUGUCCCAAGCACAGAGAGAUCCCCUCCAUUUGGUAUCCGCACGGGAUUGUCAAGGUAGAUAAAUAA